AAAAUAUUCUACACGGCAUCCAGUCUUCAGAGUCCAUAGGAAUUACAGGUCUUUCAUUGCAUCCUACAAGACAAGAGAUUGUUACACUCUGUUCUGUACAGUUUACGUUAGACGGAAUAAUGGACCAAACAUUGGUGGAUGAGUUGUGUAACUCUUUCUUGUUCAAGCAUAAAGGUGUGUACGUUGAAGCAGAAUUUUCUACACCGGAAGUUGUGGACUCUAUAGAACAUAUGGCAAUUAGAGACAGUGAUGUUUUUAUUGUCACCUACCCAAAAUCUGGAACAAUUUGGACACAAAAUAUUCUCUGUCUGAUAUUCAAAGAAAGUCAAUGGAAUGUAGCAGAAGAUGUUGACAACAUGGCCAAAGCUCCAUGGCUAGAAGGCAAUGUGUACAACAUUGAUUUUGACAGCCGUCCCUCUCCUCGUCUCUUCACAACACACCUGCCUACUUAUCUGGUGCCGAAGGAUCUGAGAAAGCGAAGAUCAAAAGUUAUUUAUGUUUUAAGAAAUCCAAAAGAUGUUGCGGUAUCUUUUUAUCACUUUUACAAAAUGUAUGUCAAGCUACAGCAUCUACCAAUAACUUGGGAAGUCAUCUUUGACCUGUAUAUGUCAGGAAAAGUAAUUGGUGGCUCGUGGUUUGAUCAUGCCAGGGACUGGUACACCCACAAGGAGGAAUUUAACUGUCUCUUUUUAUCAUAUGAGGACAUGAUUAAGGAUCUACGGUCUGAAGUUCUGAAAAUAUGCCAGUUUCUGGAUGUGAAGCUUGAUGACCAAGCAGUAAACAGAAUUGUGGAGAAAGCAACAUUUAAAAACAUGAAACAAGAUCCACUAGCUAAUUAUACAUUUCUUCCAGAGGAUUUGCUAGACAAGAGUAAAGGAGGCAUGCUCCGCAAAGGUACUAUUGGGGACUGGAAAAAUCUGAUGACUGUGGCACAAAGUAAGAGGAUGGAUGAGGUACUUAAAGAGAAGUUGGGGGAUCUGCCAAUCACAUUUAUCUGGGACAUCAAUGAGGAAACGGAAUCCUAACCAGAUCCAGGAUGACAAAUGACAAUUAUGAUCAUGAUCUAGUUCUCAUAUUAUUGAAUAACAAAUUAAUGUGAAUAAAUAGGCAUAUUUUACUAAUUUUCUUUUGUUGCAAUAUUAAAUGGAAAUUAAAAACAGAUUCUAAAUAAAUAUAUGGCAAACAAAAGUAUGUACUUAAUUUCAUAUUAUACAGGUGCUUCUACUGCACGAAACACAUUUCAUAUAUAGAACUGAUGGUACUUUAUUAUAAUGGGACAACCUUUUAUAACCAUUAUUUUGUCUGAUUGUUAUCAUCAUGCUAUUAACUGUGUUUCCAAAAUAUCUUAUUAAUAAAAACCAUAAUAUUUUGGUUUGUAGCGGUUAAA